AUAAUUUUCCUCUACCAUGAUAUACUGAUAUAAGCCGUUUAUUUUCUAGUCUAGUGAUAGCUGGUAUAAACCGCUUUUUUCUCAGUGAAAGGUACCCAAUAUUUACUUUUUGUUACCUAUAUUACUACGGCGCAUAUAUUAUUAUUAUUUAUUGGUUAGUACUUCGUAAACUUUAAAGCACUGGUGGCUGCCGGCUGGUGCAAAUGGUGCAUUGGCCAUUGGUACCAACAGCUGGCUACAACGGCGGUAUAAUUCACUAUUAAAUACUACAAAAUAUUUAUUUUUUUCAAUUGCUCAUAACUAGAGUCGUAACUCAGAACUCACCAGCCUGUUGCCGCCUGUCUGAGACCUGAGUGCAUGUCCGGCGUAAACCAUAUUUUUCCAAUUGAAAUUAUUACGGACCGUAUGAAGUGAGAACAGGCUGUGCAUAAUAUUUUCACACAUUCUUCAACCCGUAACUCGAUGCGAUGGCUACCACAAGCAACGAGUCAGAUUCUACGCAAAAGAACACAGGUAAUGAAGAAAAUGAUGGCAAAGAUGAUCAGAAUAACAUGUUUGAGUGUAACAUAUGCUUGGAGAAUGCAAAAGAUGCGGUUGUCAGUGUCUGUGGCCAUUUAUUUUGCUGGCCAUGCUUGCAUCAAUGGUUAGAAACUCGAACAGGUCGUCAAGUAUGCCCUGUAUGUAAAGCUGUUAUAAAUAAAGAUAAAGUAAUACCAAUUUAUGGACGUGGAAAUUCCAAACAAGAAGAUCCUAGAAAUAAAGUGCCACCUAGGCCUGCUGGUCAAAGAACUGAACCGGAUGCUAAUUCUGGUUUCCCUGGUUUUACCUUUGGAGAUGGCGGUUUCCAUUUGUCGUUUGGAAUAGGAGCAUUUCCUUUUGGAUUCUUAACAUCAUUUAAUUUUACUGAUCGUCCUCGUGGAAUUCCAGUUGGUAGUCAACUACAACAAGAUGAUCAAUACUUAUCAAAACUUUUCUUAUGGAUUGCAGUAAUAUUUAUUAUUUGGCUUUUGUUAGCAUGAUUUACUCGAUGAGUACAUUCUUUUUUAUUAUUAUUAUUAUUAUUAUUAUUCUAUCAUUCAAUGAACUACUAUAGUAAGCACUCCACGAGGGCUUCUUUUUAUAUAUUAAUUUAAUUUGCUAUUUUAUCCUAAUCUGUUGACUGUAUAAGUUUCAAAAUAUAUACUUAAAUUUGUAUUGUUUGGAGUUUAGUCUGGAAUCUUAACUGUUAUUGUUAGUUAUAUUAUUUUUUAUGAUAUAAAAACUUUAAAUGUAGUUUAAUAUAAUAAUUUUAACGGUUUGACGAUUAUAUUGCCUAUGAUUUCAUCAAGAAUAUUUUCAAAACCAGCAAUAAUUUGAACAGUUUUGUCUUUUGAGUUUUAAACUACUAAAUUUUCAAAUAUUAAUUUGUAUAUUGUAUUAUGUUGUAAUAUUAUUGAAACAAUUAUUUUAAAUGUCACAAUUUAAUUGUGUGUUUAUGAAUAUUGUAUUAUUAAUAGUUACCUAUGGUUUAUUUGUGACAUGAUGGUUUUGUUUUGACUUAAUUAAAAUAUAAUAAGUCUUUAUGAUUAA